UUAUUUUGUUAGAAGAAUUAGAUAGCCGGAAGUCUAUGAAGCAGACCGUUACGUAAUAUAAAUAAACAAAAUAGUGUUUUUGAACACAUGUAAACACAAUUUGGUUCUUUUUAAUUACAUUUUUAUACAUAUAACUUUGACGACAAUGGCUGAUGGGUUAUUUUUGAUGCAAAGAUAUUAUGGAAGUGAUGAAGAGUCAAAGCUAGAUAACUCAGAAAAGAAGCGGAGAAAGUCAAAUGAACUUAAAAGAAAGAGAAAAACUUCAGUCUCUGAAAAUGAGCAUGAGGCUAUAUCUACAACAGAAGUAAAAGAUAAAAAUGCUGACAAGAUUCAAGAUAUCUCUACUACAAAAGUAAAACAUAAAAAAGCUGACAAAAUUCUAGAUAAAUCCAUUACAAAAGUAGAAGAUAAAAAUGCUGACAAAAUUCAAGAUAUGUCUGCUUCCAAAAAAGAAGAAAACAAUAUUGACUUCCACACAGAAGAUGAAGUAAACAAUUCUGUAAAUUUAGAAAAUAACAGUGAAGCCUUUUGUGUCAUAGGCCCAAAGAGAAAUCAAAAUAUUCAAAAAAUAAAACCAAAUCUACCAAAAUGGAUUAGAAAUCCCUCAAUCAUUAGUAUUGAUUUGAGAGAACAGGAAAUCCCCAUCUCAGACCUUAAAUUUUUAGAUGACAGCUCUAAAAAAAACUUAACUGAAUCUGGAAUAAAAUUUUUAUUUCCUGUACAGCUGGGAGUCAUUCCAUGGUUGAUGCAAAAUAAUCACAAUUCUUUUGUUAGACCUCACGACUUGUGCGUCUCUGCUCCCACAGGAAGUGGCAAAACUCUUGCAUUCGUAAUACCCAUUGUGGAGUCCUUGAAAGAACGAACGGUGUGCGCAAUACGUGCCGUGGUCGUUCUUCCAGUGAGUGAGUUGGCCAUGCAGGUCUGCAAAGUAUUUGAGUUAUUCGUGAAAAACACUGACUUGAAAGUGGUGCUUCUAACGGGUCAGAAGUCUUUUCAAGCUGAACAAAAUGCUCUCAUCAAACAUGGAACUUAUGGAGUUUUAAACUUAGCAGACAUAGUUGUCACUACACCAGGAAGAAUAUUGGAUCAUAUUCAAAAGACUGAGGGAUUCACCCUUCAGCAUUUGAGGUAUCUUGUUAUAGAUGAAGCUGACCGAAUGGUAGAGGACAUACUGAAAGGAUGGCUGACGAAAAUUCAAGAAGCAACUUUUAGAGACUGUGAUGAAUGUGCAUGCUUCUCAGUUUGUGACAAGAAGACACAGUCUGGACAGUCCAAUGCAUGUAGAUUUGGGCGCACGAGUCAUUCGUUUCAGAAGCUGUUGUAUUCGGCUACCCUUUCGCACGAUCCAGAAAAAUUACACUCGCUUUCUUUGUACAGACCAAAGUUAUUUAUUGCGAGCGAGAAACUGAACUCUGAGUAUUCGACAGGUAGGUGCUCCCUUCCUGAAAAUUUGAUUCUUCAGCAUAUUAUUUGUGAAACAGAAAUAAAACCUCUUGUCCUCUGCCAUUUUAUCAAAAAAUAUAAAUUUAAGAAGAUCCUUUGCUUUACUGAGAGUGUUGAAAGAGCGAACAGAUUACAACUGAUCUUAGAGGAGAUGGGGCUCCUUCGAUCCAGAGAAAUAUCUUCCAACUACAGACCAGUUCAGCGUAAAAUAAUAUUGAAACAGUUCAACUCUAAAAAAAUAGACGUCAUUGUUUGUUCAGAUUUAGUCGCAAGAGGAAUAGAUAUAGAAGGCGUAGAUUGUGUCGUGUCCUAUGAUGUCCCGCCUCACCUGAAGACAUAUGUACAUAGGGUGGGAAGAACGGCAAGAGCGGGAAAGGGAGGAACUGCAGUUGCCCUGGUUUCUAAAGAUGAAUUUCCUAGCUUCAAGAAAAUGCUCUCUGAUGCAGGUAUGGCUCUUCCUAUCAACUUACCAGUAAAUGCUCAGCAUUUAAAAGAAUAUGCAGAAACUUUCCAAAAAGCACUUCAAGCUGCCGAUGCAAAAUUUAGGAAACAGAAAAAUACAAAACGUAGUAAUGCUUCAAAGAAGACGCAUAGAAGAAAGUCAAACAUAAAAACCUAGCCAUUAGUUUAUAUCAUUAUUAUUUCUCCAAUAAACAAAUGUUUUUAUUAAA